UGUGUUUCGAAACACCUGAGCUUCAGGAGUGAGACAGCCAGGAAACUAGUGUAGGGAACUACAGCUGACGGACAGCUCUUUAAAGAAACAGCGGUUUUUUUCUCAAAAUCUGAAAUUUUAUAUUAUCAGCUUUUAAACUCGUUUUGUUCGUUUAUUCACUGAAAAUACCAACAGACUCAGAUAUUUAAAACAAACUACGUGUCAGAUCAUCAGAACUCGAGAAUACGGAAAUGUCAGGUGUAACUGCGUCGCUCUGCUCCACUUUGCUGUUUCUCGGUGUCUUUGUGUUGGUGUCUGCAGACCAGAAACUCAUCACAGCUGAGUCUGGACAGGACGUCACCCUGCCAUGUCAAGCUCCAAACAACAACAACAAGAUCAUAGUUUUAGAGUGGAGCAGAGCUGACCUGGGAGAUAAAAAAAUCAUUUUCUAUCGGGAUGGUAAAUUUGUUCCAGCCAUCCAGCAUCCAUCUUUUAAGAACCGGGUGGAUCUGCAGGACAGACAGAUGAAGGAUGGAGACGUGUCUUUGAUUCUGAAGGAUGUGACGAUUAAUGAUGCUGGAACAUACGAGUGUCGUGUCUACGUGGAAGGAACACAAUCAUGGCAGCUCAGCAGCAUUGAACUGAGAGUUCAUCCUCCAGACCAGAAACUCAUCACAGCUGAGUCUGGACAGGACGUCACUCUGCCAUGCCGAGCUCCUAACAACAACAACAAGAUCAUAGUUUUAGAGUGGAGCAGAGCUGAAUUGGGAGAUAAAAAUAUCCUUUUGUACCGUAAUGGUAAAUUUGCUCCAGCAACCCAGCAUCCAUCUUUUAAGAACCGGGUGGAUCUGCAGGACAGACAGAUGAAGGAUGGAGACGUGUCUUUGAUUCUGAACAAUGUCACGAUUAAUUACACUGGGACUUACGAGUGUCAUGUCUACAUGGAAGAAACGAGCUCAUGGAAAUCCAUCAGCUUCAUCUACCUUCAUGUUGUUCCUCCAGACCAGAAAAUCAUCACAGCUGAGUCUGGACAGAAGAACGUCACUCUGUCAUGUCGAGCUCCAAACAACAACAUCAUAGUUGUAAAGUGGAGCAGAGCUGACCUGGGAGAUGAAUAUGUGCUUCUGUACCGAGAUGAGGUGUUUGUUCCAGCAACCCAGCAUCCAUCUUUUAAGAACCGGGUGGAUCUGCAGGACAGACAGAUGAAGGAUGGAGACGUGUCUUUGAUUCUGAAGGAUGUGACAAUUAAUGACACUGGAACAUACGAGUGUCGUGUUGUCCAGAGAAGAGCAAACCACAGGAAGAGAGCCAUUUUACAUGAUAAGACCAUCGACAUCAUCUACCUGAGAGUUGUUCCUCCAGGUCAGACAGGAGGAGACACAGAGGAUGGAUCUGUUGGACUGAUUGCUGGUCUGUCAUUUUCUGCUGUGCUUCUUGUUGCUGCUGUUGUUGGUUUUUUGAUCUACAGAAGACGUAAACUGAAUCCUUCUGAUCCAGAUGAAGCAGAGCAUCUUCAGCCUGAAUGUGAGUCAGAUGAACAAACACAAAAAACAUAAAUAAAUGAUGGUGAACAUCCAGCAGACGGCUGUAGAAAGCUGGAUGUUCAGAGUCUGAUGUUAUUUCUCUGAUGAUCAUCAUGUUCAGACUCAGACCAACAGUGUGUGUCUGUGCUGUCUGUCAGUGACUCUGAACUACAGUUUAUUCAUCUUCAGGCUGUUCAUGAGAUUUACUGACACAAAGACAAACUGUGUUACAAACAUACAUGAAUUUCUGAGCUCUGAUCUCAGAGUCAGUCAGUGUUUUUGUGUUGGAGCUUCAGCUUCAGCUGUUUGUAAGAACUUGUUCUGUGAUGAACAACACAGACCUGAGAUCAGCUGUUACACACACUGAAUGAAGUGACAACACAAACGCUGUGUAAUGAUCUGAGUGUAGAUGAAGGUCUGUGGAUUAUAGACGAUCAAUAAUCUGCCUGAUUGUGUUCAGGAUCAUUGAUCAGUUACAAAUGAAUGAGCUUUGACCCAGUUUGGAUGUAGAAAUGUUGUCUCAGUCAAACUGAGCUCUUUCAUGUUUCUAUGAACUUUGUGUGUGUAUAACAACCCUCUUGUUACAGAACAAAUGUAAAUAAUAUACAGCUCCAUAUUUGCAUGUGUUCAGCAUACGUUACCAUGGUGAUUCAACCAGGUUUGUGAGAAAGACGACUCUGACUGUUUGCCCGACACAGCUCACUAACACAUUACUCUGGCUUCAUAUUUAAAUUCUUCUGUUAUGAAGCACUUCACAGUCAAUUAGUGAGUGUUUUUGGAUCACCAAUCUCUUUAUUUGUUGUUAGUGUCUUUUUAAUUGACAUUUUUAUAAUUUGCAUAGUCUUUUAAGUAAAUACAGUUCAUCAGAUCUUCCAGUGCUAUAAGACAAAUGAAAUGUAUAAAUAUGUGAAAGUAAAGAUUAAUGGAGCUGCAGCUACAUCUGUCUUUUUGGGUCUCUGUGAUGUAAAUGUCUUUAACAGUGAGUGGGAGGGUCUGCAAGAGUAUAAUCCUGGCUUUGUAGAUACAUACAGAUAUAUAAAGCUAAAUGAUGUCAACUUCUUAAUGUUCUUCAUGUUCUGCUUCUCUUCAGCUUUUCUGUGUCAAUAAAGAUUUUCAUGCAAA